AUGCACGCUGGACCGCAGCACACGAGACAUCCGUUUGAAUUCGUCGGCGUUGAUUAUGCCGGACCUAUGUCGAUCAAAAAUAAAUCCGGAAGAGGAUACAAGGUAUCCAAAGCUUACAUAUGCCUCUUUGUUUGGUGCGUUACGAAAGCAGUACAUACAGAGUUGGUGAGUGAUAUUAGUACGGAUGCUUUUCUAUUGGCUUUAAAACAAUUUGUCUCCAGACGAGGCAAGCCCGCUUGUAUUUACAGUGACAACGGCACAAACUUUGUAGGGGCCAACAAUGCCCUAAAGAAACUGGGAAGGUUUAUUAUUAAUAACGAAACAAAUUUAACAAACUCCUUUCAAGCUGAUGACAUAACUUGGAAGUUUAUACCUCCGCGAUCUCCUCACUUUGGAGGACUUUGGGAAUCGGGAAUUAAAUGUAUUAAGUAUCAUCUGAGACGUGUUACAAAAGAUUUGUCAUUCACUUUCGAACAGUUGUACACUAUAUUGACCGAAGUGGAAGCAAUUCUAAAUUCUCGACCAUUAUCGCCCCUAUCAGACUCUCCUCAUGACCUUCAUCCUUUAACACCAUCACACUUCUUAAUCGGUCGAUCAUCAAAUGCUGCUCCUGAGCCUAACAUAACCCACUUGCCGAGAAAUCGGUUAUCCAUGUAUCAGCAUCUAGCCCAAGUUAAACAGCACCUUUGGAAAAGAUGGAACAAGCAAUAUGUGAGCGAAUUACAAACGCGAACCAAAUGGAAAUUUAACUACGACUCGCUCAAGGCAAACACAUUAGUGCUACUAAAGGAGGACAACCAACCCCCAAUGAAAUGGAAACUAGGACGCGUGGAAGCCAUUCAUCCCGGCGCAGACGGCGUAGCAAGAGUAGCCUCAAUCCGUACCACCGACGGCCACGUAAAAAGAUCUUUUGCCAAGAUCUGCCCGUUGCCGCUUGACGACAAGGAGUAG